CAGGAAUUCGACUCCGACGACGCUUGGCGCCGGGGCGUCUGCCGCUAUGCCGCCCCGCCGCCCUGUACACAGUCUCGUGAGUGCAGACUCAGCAGCAGUAGCAGGAGCAGACAUCAAACAUGCCCAAACGAUUCCUGUUUCUCAGCCUUGGAAAGGGGGCUGCCGUUAUGGCUGGUUCCAAUUUCGAUGAGUGGGACUACGAAAUAGAAAACAAUAAAGACGAUCAUGUCCCAGAAAUUGUUGAGCAAGAGCAAGGAGACAUUAGACGACUUGGGGAAGAAAAACGCUUAGAUCCAAAUAAUAAAUCACUUUAA